AUGGCUUCACCAAUCCCUCAGCCGCCGGGCCUGCCGCUGCUUGGAAACAUCCGCGACAUCGACCCCGGCAAUACCUGGGCCUCGCUCAAGACACUGGCCGAGAAAUACGGUGAGAUCUUCCAGAUCAAGGUGCUUGGCCACACCAUCGUCUUCGUCGCUAGCGCAGCCCUUGCCGAGGAGAUCUGCGACGAGAAGCGGUUCCGAAAGUACGUCGGCGGCCCCAUCGUCGAGAUCCGCUACGCUGUCCACGACGCCCUCUUCACUGCCUUCGACCAUGAGUCGAGCUGGGGCAUUGCCCAUCGCAUCAUCGCGCCGAAGAUCUCGCCAGCCUCAAUUGGCGAGAGGUUCGAGGACUUGAACAUCACGGUAGAUGAUCUCAUCAAGAAGUGGAAGGGUCUCGGCACGAACAACAAGAUCUUUCCGAUCCAGGACCUCAACAGCCUCAACCUCGAGUCUACAACCUACACUUUGUUCGGGAAGAGGCUCAAUUGCCUCGAAGGCCCUCCCCAUCCCAUGCUCAAGGCCAUGGAAGACUCGACAUCGGAAGCAAUGAAACGACCGAACCGCCCUGGCUUGCUCAACUGGCUCUUCGGCAAAAAGUUCAAGUCCUCCACGGCCAUCAUGCGCUCGUGGGCUGAAGAGCUGGUGCAGUACCGCAAGGAGAACCCUACCGACCGCAACGAUCUCCUCACCGCCAUGCUCAACGCCAAAGACCCCGAGUCUGGCACGGCGUUGACCGACUCCCAGGUCAUCGACGAGAUUGUGACCAUGCCGAUUGGCAGCAGCACGGCGCCAUGCCUCAUGACCACGGCCAUUUACUACCUGGCCAAGAACCCGCAGGUUGUUGCUGCUGCCCGCAAGGAGAUUGAUGCCGUGGUAGGGUCGGAUGAGUUGACGUAUGCACACAUCUCCCAGCUCCCUUAUGUCGAGGGUCUUGUCCGCGAGUCGCUCCGCCUCUCUUUUGCCGCGCCUGGAUUCAACAUCGAGCCUAUCCCAACCGAAAGCAAGGCUCCAGUGCUCCUCGCAGGCGGCAAGUACCAAGUCGCCCACAACCAAGCUCUCAUUCUUGUUCUCGCCGGCGUGAACCGUGAUCCUGCCGUAUUCGACGAGCCCCUCGCCUUUCGACCGGAGCGGAUGGUCGGGGAGGCGUACGACAAGCUGCCAUCUGGAGUCAAGAAGGGCUUUGGCAAUGGAAAGAGAGAGUGCAUUGGCAAGCAUUACGCUUGGAUAUGGUUGAUGAUUGUGAUGACGAGGAUUGUCAAGGAGUUUGACUUUGAGCCCGCUGAUCCAAAGUAUGAACUCCACAUGGACGGCUGGUUUAAUGUGCGCCCCGUUAACUAUGCCGUCAAAGUCAAGCCAAGAGGUGCUUGA